AUUUACCAUUUCUUGGCAAUCUCUGCUACUUGCUUGGGCUUCACAGAACACACACUUUGGCAUCUUGUUUUACAAGCACUUUUCUUUGACUUACUUUGUGGGAGAACACGCCCCUCAAGCCUCUUUCUUAGCGGGUCUUGAAGCUUCUGCUUAUUUGCUGGACUCAUCUUCUCACUGAAGGUCGGACUGGACGAUCUCAAGGGUUGGACUUGAUGAUCUCGAAGGUCCCUUCCAACCCAGCUGAUUCUCUGAUUCUAUGAUCUUGACGGUCUCUUCCAACCUGGAUGACUCUGUGAUUUCCAACUUGCUUCCCAGGAGCCGUGGAGAUGUCCCGGAAGAGCCCUUUUGCCUCCUGGCUCUGCGCGAUGCUCCACUGCUUCGGGAGCUACAUCCUGGCUGCUCUGCUGCUUGGAGAGGCACCCCUUGGGUACUUCAGCAACAACUCCAGUGUCAUCCUGGCCACGGCAGUUUGGUAUUUGAUAUUCUUCUGCCCCAUGAACCUCUUCUACAAGUGUGUGAGCUUCCUGCCCGUGAAGCUCGUCUUCGUGGCCAUGAAGGAGGUGGUCCGAGUGCGCAAGAUCGCGGCCGGGGUGCACCACGCGCACCACCUCUACCACCACGGGUGGUUCGUCAUGAUGGCCACGGGCUGGGUCAAAGGUUCUGGUGUGGCAUUGAUGUCUAACUUUGAGCAACUGCUGCGUGGGGUCUGGAAGCCAGAAACAAAUGAAAUUCUUCACAUGUCCUUCCCUACAAAGGCCAGUCUGUAUGGCACAGUCCUCUUCACCCUGCAGCAGACUCACUGGCUCCCCAUCUCUGAAGCCAACCUCAUCUUCUUUUUCACCAUGUUCAUGAUUGUUUGCAAGGUUUUCAUGACGGCCACUCACUCGCACGCCUCCCCCUUCGCUCCGCUGGAAAACCUCGUCUGCCCCGUGCUCUUUGGCUCUGCCUCCAGUGGGCACCCAGGCCACCACCACGACCACCACGGGGCCUCCCAUGAGGUUUCCCACCCGCCUCCUCCUCCUCCUGCAAAGUCGAAAGAGGAGCUCAAUGAAGGCACAAGGAAAAGGAAGGCGAAAAAAGCUGAAUAAAAAAGCAACGACGCAGAAAACAGGCCAAGAAAAUCCUUCUGGAGCUGAGUCUCAAAGCCACCCGUGACUUCCUUUGUGCUCCAGUCGUUCUCCCUCAGGCUCCAGAGGAGAGGUGGAAGCCAGGACACUGCCAGGCGGGUUCCUGAAUUUCAGUUUUGCUCUCUGUGCUUGCUGCUUGGUCUCUGCCUCUCUAGUCUGAUCAUACAUUCAGGGAUUUGUAGGUUUUGUGCCAGGGUGAUAAAGUGGGUGCCAGUUCCCAAGCUGUCAGCAAUUUUGAUGCAGCGUUUUCAAUUGAUGUAAAAAUAUUCUCACUGUGUUUGUUUAUGAAUGGAGGGAAUGGUUUGUGCUCCUGCAACUCAUAAGUUCCUUUGAGUUUUCAUUGACCUUUCUGGUGUCUGCCAAAACAACAAACUGUUAAGACACAGUCAGUGUGGAAAUCAGAUUUAAUACUUGAGGAAAUUAAAUGGUCUCUUAUGAGCCUGAUCUGAUUUUUCCUUGCUCCCACAUGUGCCAUAUCUCCAAGUAAUGUGACAUUUUAAAUGCAGUGAGGACUUUGCCUGAGCCAAACUCUGUUCCUCUCACCUCAGUUCCCUCUGAUUCUAAUGGACAGUCACUUGCUUAAAGUCUGUGUUUGCAAGAGCUCUGAAGCUGUGAAGUGCUCCCAGUGCCAUGUGUUGGCACUGUCACUACCCUAAACUGUGUGUCCCACUUCAAACCUGAUCCUAUUUAACCAGGGGAGAAGCAUGGUCUGGUUUGUUUGUAAUCCUGUGGGAUACAAGAAGAGUGUGUGUGUGUAAGUAUUUAUUACUAUUUAUUUAUAAUUGCCAGGGCACCUCAAUCAUGGACCUGAAUCUGGCUUUUUUUAAUGUUGCAUCUUUAUAUAGAGGGUUGGAACUUCUAAUUCGGGUCUUAAGCCCACAGCCACGUGCUGGUUUGUUCUUGUAGCAGUGAUCCUAAAGGGCAGCCUGGACACUCUCUGGAUGCAGGAAGGAAUGUUUCCUAUAUCCUUGAAUUAAGAUAGAAAGGCUGAAGCAGUGGAUCUCACACCAGCUCAUUAAAACUUCUUUAAAGGACUGAUUAAAAACACACCAGCUGAAAAUACUGAUUGCCCCUUGUAGGUCCCUUUGGGCCAAACCACUGGUCUGUGAAUGCAGCUUGUGCCCAGUGAGUGGAGAAUCAAUGCCUUGCAUGGCUCAGGAGGAGUCUGUCAGCUCAUUCAUGUUCUGCUUAGUGAAUACUGGCUUUUACAGUAGUUUUAAGCUGUUCUUAUAACUGAUUUUGUCCUUAGAAGUGGCAUAAUCCAAGGGCUGGAAUCACCAUGGUGAGGAUGGCACACGUGGGGAUGAAGCACUGGGCUCCCAGUUGAGCAGCAUUUCCCAUCCCCAGCACUGAGGUUGCUGCUGGCACCUCCCAACUGGGAAUAGGAACAGGAGGAUUUAAGGAAAGUGGGGUUUUGUUUGUGUGUGUGUGUGUGCCUGUUCACAAUUGCAACUGAUGGUUAAUUAAAAAUAAAUAUAUAUAUAUACACAAUCAGAGGAAAGCCAGUCUGGAAGGACAAAUGGUUUGUGGGUUUGGGGUUUGACAGUGCCUUAAUUUUGUGAGUCCCCCUCCCCUGCAGUAGAAAACAGGAAUUCUGCCUGACAGCUCCACUGGCUGGCUCUGCAGAUGCUGCUCUACUGAAACCUGCUGUACCACAAGCAUGCACGAGACACUAAAUGUUUUAUGAGAUGUCUGAGCCAAGGGGAAUUAUGUUUUAUAGAAGCCAUCAACAAAUAAAAAUUGUGAAGUGACUCUGAUUGUCCGGUGGCA